GCCAACGCCACUGUGACGACAGGCGCUGCGGAGAGUUCGGGGAGCGCUGCAGCUGCCAAGGCUGCGCCGAAGGCGCCGAGCAACCAGCCCACUACGAAGGGCGACGUUGGGAAGGGAACAGAGAAGGGCGUCAGAACGUUCCUUGAGGGAGCAUACUUUGCGAUGCCCAUAGUCGCACCUUCCUUCGUUGAGUCGGGAGAGAAGAUCUAUUGGCUUCUCGACUCUGGGAGCUCGUACCAUGUGGUUUCCCAGGCGACGCUUGAGAGUGGACACGUCAAGGUUUUGUCGAGAAAGAAGCGACCGAAGACUGUGUGCCAGACUGCCACUGGCGACCUGGUGGAAGUGGGAAGCGACACCCACGCGACGAUCGAGGUGAAUUUUCUCACCACUCGACAUUUUGAGCAGCGAGGAGGAGUUCUGAGCACCUUUGCGUGCACCUGUCGUCUAGAAGCGGUAGUUAGCAGCGAAAUCAAACACAACCUGAUAAACCUCAACCUCCUCUGUUGGAGAGGCUGGAAGCCUACCCUUUACCGGGGUCUCUUAACAGCGGAACGUAAGGAGGUGACGCUGCUUCCAGCAGUGUUCGGCGACUGCACAUGGCUUCAGAGUGUGAUGGCUGAUUCUUCCGCGAAGCUCACGCUUGCGAGUGUCUCGUCGUCUUGCGGUCUGUCGAGUGGUAGGUCUCUUGAGUUUUCCUCACCUGAGAAACAGCAUGAGCAUGAGUUUUCGCACGAUGAGCUUGAUUUUUCACAGCAUGGGCAUGAUUUUUCACGACAACAGCAUGAAACAGCGCAUGUUGAACCGAGUGUUUUGCCACAUGCUUGCGAGGACUCUGUUGGGCAGUUGGUAGGUCAGUCGUCUUGCGGCAGCUCAGGAGUGCAGUUGGUAGGUCAGUCGUCUUGCGGCAGCUCAGGAGUGCAGUUGGUAGGUCAGUCGUCUUGCGGCAGCUCAGGAGUGCAGUUGGUAGGUCAAUCGUCUUGCGGCAGCCCUGGAGUGCAGUUGGUAGGUCAGUUGCCUGCUAGAGUGGUAAAGCUUUUGCAAUCGAGUGCCGUGGAUCCAUCUUCUUCACCUUUGCGCUCGGGGACCACAUCUUCCGAUCGAGGCCAGUGGGUGCAGCCGGGUUUUAGUGAAUCUUCAGUGCAGCCACUGAUGAAGGCCAGUGCGAAGAAGGGCUGGACAGGCCGGGCGGAAGCAAUGGAGAUAUCCUCCGACGAGGAGGUAGGGGGGCCACCUGCCCCAAAGGCGACUGGGGUGAGCCUCGCGGACCGGGUCAACAGCUUCAGUUGGACCCCUCCUUAUAUUGCCCCAGAGGGGAAGUGGUCAAGCCCUCAGGCCCUGAGCCACAACAGCCGCAACUACUGCGAGUACUGCAUGGUCUGCGCGAAACACGCGACGGAGGCUCAUUUAAUGUCCGACAGCCACAAUCACCACAUGAAGUCGUGGAUCGCCAGGAACCGCCCUGGUUUGAGGCUUCUACCGGACAGGCUUUCCGAUCCCGAAAGGAUCGAUAUGAUGAUCCAGCUUCGUAUGCCGGACUUGGCCGAGCCCGAGAUCAAGAAGGCGAGGGAGCUAGUUCUCCGACUGGCUUGGUUCAGCAACCAACCGGCGAAGGCGGGAGCCUCAACUUUGCCGCCAGAGGACAACUCGGAAGCCACAGCCAAAUCCAGCAAUGCACUUCCGGGAGUCUGGGCGGAACCAUCAGAGCCUCCGCGAGCAGUGGAACGCCGUGUGCUUCCAACGGAGCCAGAGACACGACGGGUGAAGGCCAGGGGGCGGCCUUGGCCAGACACUCUGGGAGUCCAGCAGCGCUCGACCCAACAACUGGAGGGAGCGCGGGCAUUAACUCCACUGAGCGAGGGAGUAGCAGCCCAGGCCGUUUUCACCUCACCUGUCAAGACACCACCAGGGUGGACGCCUCCGAAUUCGCCUACGGACUCGGAGAACUGGGGGGCUCGUCGGGUCUAUGAUGCCCAAGACGCCGCCCAAGACGGCGCCAUUGGAGGCACCUGCGGAGGAGGACACCGAGAUGGCCGAGGACACAGGGAUGGAGCAAGAAGCGCCAUCGCCACCCAAUGUGUCGCCGAGUGUGCCGCCUCCGGCACCUCCGCCACCACCGGUUUCGGCUCCACCAACAUAUUCGUGGGUGCCGCGCAGCUACCCACCUCCGGGUGCAGUGCUGAGUUCGCACAGCGGCGAGAGCUUACACACGAGGAUGAGGCUCGGGAUCUGUACGGAGGCAGAAGCAGACUCCUGGAGGAUUGCAGCGGAGAUGGCCACAGAAUCUCGGCGAGUGCGUCCGCGCACCGCAUUGCCGAUCCCGCCUCCUGCUCCUACCGUGAGCCGGCCUACUUCAAGCCCAACGGGGAGCGUUCUGGGGCCACCAUUGGCACCACCACCGGCACCUCCAUCGGGAAUGUGGGUUAUCAACCCGCCGCCACUUCCGCCAAGGAGAUCUUCUCGCAGCCCGACCCCGUAAUCGUCUCACAGCUUUCGAAGCCCGACGCCAUGAAUAAUGGCCUUUUUGCUUUGCCAACGCACCAGCAUGCAUGGAAACAUUCUAGAGUGCACGCUUCGUGUGAGUUCUGCGGUCAGCCAUGCCCAGUUUUCAGUUCCGCUGCUGUUGUUGCCCCGUUGCAGGAAGAGGACCCCCUCAACCAGAAGAAUCACAACAAGGAGCCCAAUACGCAACCAGAGGGUCCGGCCGGUUUGGGUUUAGCAGCAGGGCAGGGAGAGCUGAUCAUGUCACAAGAUCCGGAGACACGCCGUGAGCUGCACAAGCGCCUGUCACAUGUCUCUCAGGGUCACGUGCCAUACUGGGCGAGCUGUGAAGCUUGCAACAGAAGCCGAGGGCUGACGCCAGCCCGCAUGCGAAGUGACAGACCCGAUAAAGAGUAUCAGGUAGAGCAGUUCAUGUAUCGCUCUCGGUGCUUUAUUAUUCUGGUGCAUGUGCUUGCUUUUGCGAUUGGAGUGACGUUCCGACCAGAAGGGAUGAGUGGACGCGAAUCAGCCGGGCAUCUCGAGCCGUGGCUAGCUCAUUUUGGGUUAGGCCAGAGCGCUGCUCCUAAGCCCUCCUUCUACUCAGAUCCGGAACCGCUGACCAUCAGCAUUGCACAGGCCCUAGCGGAACGGUAUGAGGGACACAGUGAAAGUUUUGCUCCGGAGCGCCACGCUCCCGUUGCUGAACGAGCAGUGCGAACCUUGAAAGGGAUUGUGUCUUCUCACGAAUUACAACUCCGUGAAAAUGGUGUUGUCCUCGGAGAUGAUCCGGGUACUUUAGAGUUUCUUUUUAGAUACGCGGCACACGUGCACAAUCGAUUUGCAGUGUCGGUCGGGAACACCAUGUCUCCUUUGCAGAAGCUGCGGGGCCACGACCACAAGCCCCAGUUGACCUAUCCCUUCGGGGCUGUCGUUUUCGCAAAGGUCAGCCGUUCUAGCAAAGAGGAGGUUGAUACCAAGUAUGCCCGCGGGGUGUACCUGGGUCCUGUGCUUGGUUCUACCGGGCACCAGGUGCGUAUCCGGCUGGAUUCUGGAGAAACCAAGUUGAUUGUUGCGCCGGGUCUGAAGUUGCUCUACCCUCUUCGAUACGAUGCUUCGUUGCUUGACGGUGCCAGGCCUCUGGAAGGCUUUGUGCCACCUUUGGAUGAGGAGCGCUUUCGCGAGCUCCACCUUCCCUAUGUGCCGGGAGGGGGACCCUCCAAAGAAUGGAUCCGCGAGAACGGUGGCACCCCUAAGUGCCCCGGAUGCUCCGAAGAGGCCACGUCCUCUCGCCAUUCAAUAAAGUGCGUCCGGCGCUACCAGCGAUGGCUCCGAGAUGCUGUGGACAACGCUCUUGAAGAGCUUGGUCGGGACCCUCCGCCCGCUCAAGGCCCACCGGCCAAGCGGGUUCGAUUCGGUGAUUCGGAAGUUCGUGAGUUUCCGGCGCCCUCGGCGCCCUCAGAGCAAGAAGUAGAAGUACCACAGAUCAGUGCGGAGGCCAACGACCAUCUUAGUGACUACGAGCCCUCGUUGCCCUCCGAGGACGAGGGAGAAGAUGAUCUGAUGGGUGUCGCCGAGGUACCGAAGGAUGAUCGCCCCGCGAUUCGGUUAUUGGAGGAAAUGUGGGCCUGCGGCUGCGUCCGCUACGUUCCCACUCCCUUGACCGCGUGUGAUGUGUAUGAUUUGCAAGCGUUUUGCUCGUUGCUUGUCGACGGCCGCUCCUCUUGCGAUAAGUUGCCGUACUCUUGCAUUGCGUUGCUUGAGCAUGAGCGUGUGGAGCAUGACGUUGGUCGGCCUCGGAGUUCCUACGACGACGUCGAUGGAAUUCAGCUAGACAACAAAGAGAGCUGGGAAGGAAUGAAGACUGAGGUCAAGGCCGUCGACUCUUUGCAAGUCGGCCUCCUUCGUUCCAGGUCUGAGGUUGAUCGCUACCAGGAAGAGAACCCAGGGUGCCGCGUGAUAAAGUCACGGUGGGUGCUGACGCAGAAAGCCCCAGGGCUUGUCAGGGCACGCCUCGUGGCGAAAGACUUCGCGCACGGCAGGCCUUCUGCCCUUGAUCUUGGCCUCUCCUCGAACACCGCGAGUGUGGAGGCACUCAAGCUCAUACUUUCGAGAGCCGCGAAGGGAGCGUCUAGUGCUCUGUACCAGCAGUUGGCAAAUUCCAUACAUUCGGAUGCGCAUAUCCAGCGGAUCCUGGCAGGAUUCUCAGUGAACACUGUGCUUCGCUAUUUGUCGGCAUGGUCUCAUUUCUUGGUGAAUCUUGAAGGGCUCGGGUAUACGCUUGAGCUUCUCGACGGGGUAGUCAUGGCUGAUAUUCUGGUUACAAUGACUCUUGAGAAGCACGGUGAUCCGACGCUGGGAGCGGGUACGCAUAUGACUAUAAAAGCUCUGCGGUGGCUAUGCAGGAUUGGCCAAGCUGAGUUUCUUCGUUGCGCUUAUGACAAAGUCAUUGAUUCAUUUCUGAAGACAAAGAUUCCAUCGGAGCGUCGGGAGAGCUUCCCGCUACCGCUAUUCGUUAUCCAACUUUGGGAGAGACGGAUCCUUAUGCGGCAGUCCAGCAUUCAAGAAAUCAUAGUGCUAGGCACGCACACCUGGAUGAGUAAAUAUUUGCACGCGCUUGACAAGCUGGCAUAUCGGCACCAGCAGGAGUUUCCCGAGGCAGACGCCCCAUCUUUUAUGUUACCAGCUCUGGACUCGGAUGAGGAUGAAGACCAGUGUGACGACACGGUUGAGUCGUUGGGCACUGCUGAAGAGUUUCUCCUCGGCUCCACAACCGGUUACGCAUUCACACAUUUGUCCCAUCCUCAAGCAGAUUGUGCCGUAGGAGCUGCCCUGACCUUUGAGGGGCUCCCCGAGGACGUCAUUCAAGUUGCCAUCGAUGGUGGGUGGACGGCCUCGGCUUUCAAGAAUUCAGUUGAGACCCAAACGGAGUUGGAAGCCAUCCUGGAUGAAAUUUUUCCGGGUGUUGUUCUGACUAGACUGCAAAAAUCGCAGAUUCGAGCGGUUUGGGCCAGCAUGCAAGCACCAGCAGCAUCAAUUUCUCCCUCGACGACGGUCGCAUCCUCGGCUGCUGACGGGAGCUGGGUUGAAAGCUUUGCUCCAAAGAUGUCAUCAUCAAAGUUGUCUGAGCUGAAGCAGCAGUUUCUCAAAUCCUAUCCGAGUGAGAUUCUUACGCCAUCAACACUGCCAUCAUUGCGGUUGUUAUCAUUGGCAGCUCACCAGGAAGCUAAACAUGAGUACAAGUGGAUACCAUGGAAGCUUCGCAUGUCAGAUGAGAGGGCCUCCGAGUUGCUCAUCUCCCGCCCAGCCAAACAGCCCCGGUUGGAAAUGUUAGGAUUGUCCAGUCUCAUUCUGGACGAACCACCAUCCAUCGAGAUUAGUGACGGCACCAUGGGGGUUAGCGGUGUGCAACGGAUCCUUGCCGUGCAUGAUACGGCCCUGGCUAUGGUUGGCUCAGCCCAUCUUGCACGCCUCAAAGCGCAUAGCUCUAAGUUUGUGCAUCUGCUGUCACAGCGCUUUGAUCCCGCAUCCGGCCUUCGGCCACCUAGCAUAUCGGAGGCUCAGCAGGCCGACUGUAGGAUGUGGCAGUGUAUUUAUGCGUUGGUCAGUGACAAAGGAUGGACACUGAACGAUGCGCUCCAUGAGUAUACGGAGGUCAGAGGUGAGUUGAGUACUCUGUUGCAGGCUCGCCCCAAACCCGCACAGGUGAAAGGUUUGGAAACCAAGGGUAAGGGCAAGUUGGGUAAGCUGAUGGCCACUGCAUUUGCUUCAGGCGGAGGCAAGAAUACAGGCAAGGGUAAGGGUAAGGAGAAAGGUCCAGGGGCUGGUAAAGGCAGGGAUGCAAAUGCGCCCGGUCGCCACAUCAGCUUUGUGAAGGAGAUCCAGGUGGGAUCUGAGCGCAAGGGAUUGUGUGUGCAGUGGCAAAUGGGACGGGAGCGCCUGUGGGAGUAA